AGGCCGGGAUGUGGCAAGUCUACACUUUUGGCGGCUCUUCAACGUCGCAUUGAGCAACCCAAAUGGAUCCCACCAAGUUAUGCGGCCGGAAUGAUCGAAACACAUCGCUUUCGAACUUCUCACUUUGGUAAACCCGUGAGUUCGACCGCAUCGAAUAGUUCUACUUGGCACAAUCACCAAAUUGGGAAGAUAGACAAGCCUGAAUCUUGCUAUUCUGGACUAAAUCAAGUCGUUCUUUCGCACUACAUCGAAGGCUUGCCGCUCUCUGGCCUUGCCCCUGCUCGUAGACUUGAUGUUCUCCUCAAAACUUGGUUAGCCCGCCUAUCAGCUAAUAUAAAGGCACUGCAACUCCACAGUCGUCUGUGGUCUUCUGCUCGCGUGCGUAAUCUCUGCUUGGCCUAUGCAGCGUCGGACUCGACUGGAGUGGCAGAAACUUUAGACGAACAGUUGAGGUAG